AUGCUCAACUGCCGAGCUAAUAUCACUGUGACCCGCCUGAACUGCUGGGUCGCAAUCCCCAAUGUUAUACCACCAGGUGCUAGGGUCAAUGUCGUGUGGUAUUGGAGAAGUCUUGACGAAGAAGGGAGGGGAUCAAAUUCAGCAUUUGAAGUCGCGGACUCUCCUCCAUUUAAAUACGUGAACACUGUCUGCGACCGUGAAUCGAUUUGCCCAAAUGACCUGGAAAACCUGACAGUCAACGUGAGCUACCUAGAGAUUAGCCACUUUGAGGCUCCACUCCAGGGAGACUAUGCCUGUCGUUUAGUGCUCAUCAAUCAGACCACAGGUAUGGUACAGCAGGCCUUGCAGCCGUCGGCUUGCACAAGGCUACAGUUGUUCCCCGACCAGGUGGUGAACUGUGACAUUUUUGGCCAGCACUCAACAUGGACUUGUGCCGAUACCAUCCAGCAACUAGGGCAGUGCCCGCAAGAGUUUUUAUUUCACCCAACUACUACAUCUGUAGUCACUCAUACCAUCUCCACCACUUCACCCGAUCAGUUCAAGAGCCCUUCGUAUGCCUUGUUCCAUAUUACAUCUCUGAGUAUGGCAUUCUUUGCUUCAACUGCGGGCUCACCUACCGUGGAACCUUCACCUCACACUCCAUACUCAACCGCAUACACUCAACCCUCUCCUUCCCCUCCACACUCGACCACUGUUCCCCAAUCCUCACCUAGCACACCCACCGAAGAGCAGAGUAACACGCUGAACUUCGUCUAUGUAGUUCUGGGUGUUGCUGUUAAGUAUAGACGAAGAACGCCAACCUAUGUGAUUGCCCCAGGGAUGCACCAUGACAAAGAUGACAGCCUCAACAAAAGUGGCACGGCAUUGAGAAGAAACUCAACAAUCUACUCUAAACCAACCUGGCCUGGCCGCACGAAUGAAACUGAUCCAAGAGAGCAUCAUUAUGCCGUUAUUUCAGGAGACCAAGAGCGUAAUGAGUACAGCUAUGCCUACCGACACGACGCACUUCCAGCCCACACAUUAAUGAAGCCAGCAGCGGAGGAAGGAAGUGGAAAAACAGACGGGCCUUAUCAGAAGAUUGGAACUCCUGACUACAUACAAAUGUACUCAAAACCUUCCACUUUUCCUCUUAGCAGCGAGCAGAGUCCUAGUCCACCAGCGUGCAAAGAAGAAAAGCGGUACACCAAAUUAAGUAGUGCAACGCUGAAUGAGUCAAGUGUUUAUAAUCAAACCGACAAACGUGGACAAUGA